CCCGCCUCGGUGUCGUCACGCGCUUUAACCCGGACGUGAAGAAGCUCAACAGAAAAAAAAAUCCGAUACGGUCGAAGAAAAGAUUUAAAAAAAAGGUUCCUGAGAGGAAAAGCAGAACUGCUCACUACUGCAACCCAGGGACAGAUAAACACACGGCCCGACCUAUGGGGAGAAAGAAGACGUGACCGAGACACACACUCACACUCGCUCACCCGGCUCGGCAAUGGAUACACACCUGCCUCGCCAGAGGAGAGUUUAAUGGACUUUGAUCUGAAAUAGGUUCUCCUGUAGCUGAGACAGUUCUCUCUGUGUCUCAUCGCUGUUCUUCGAGACCUCUGUACCCCGCGUGUACUCACUACUAUCAGCAGCUAAGGCAUCACAGCUUGGCACUUGGGAGAGAGUGUGAAGAAUUCCUCUCACUCAGAGAGAGAGAGUGUGUGUGAGUGUGUGUGGGUCUGUCAUCUGCUGGCAGGUGUCGUGCCCCUCAUCACCCCACGCACUCAAAGCUGGCGAUGUCCAGGGUCCCGAGUCCGCCCCCUCCCGCUGAGAUGACCAGCGGCCCUGUGGCUGAGAGCUGGUGUUACACACAGAUCAAAGUAGUGAAGUUUUCCUACAUGUGGACCAUCAACAACUUCAGCUUCUGUCGGGAGGAGAUGGGCGAGGUGAUCAAAAGCUCCACCUUCUCCUCGGGAGCAAAUGACAAACUCAAAUGGUGUUUGCGGGUCAAUCCAAAAGGCCUGGAUGAGGAGAGUAAAGACUACUUGUCCCUCUAUUUGCUCCUGGUAAGCUGUCCCAAGAGCGAAGUGCGUGCAAAGUUUAAGUUCUCCAUCCUCAACGCUAAGGGCGAGGAGACCAAAGCCAUGGAGAGUCAACGGGCCUACAGGUUCGUGCAAGGCAAAGACUGGGGCUUCAAGAAGUUUAUAAGGCGGGACUUCCUGCUGGACGAGGCCAAUGGGCUGCUACCCGACGACAAACUGACACUCUUCUGUGAGGUGAGUGUGGUGCAGGACUCUGUGAACAUCUCCGGACAGAACACCAUGAACAUGGUGAAGGUUCCGGACUGCAGACUGGCUGAUGAGCUGGGCGGGUUGUGGGAACAUUCUCGCUUCACCGACUGCUCACUGUGUGUCGCAGGCCAGGAGUUUCAGGCUCACAAAGCCAUCCUAGCAGCUCGCUCUCCGGUUUUCAGCGCCAUGUUCGAGCAUGAAAUGGAGGAGAGCAAAAAGAACCGAGUGGAGAUUAACGACGUGGAGCCAGAAGUGUUUAAGGAGAUGAUGUGUUUUAUCUACACCGGCAAAGCGCCCAACCUGGACAAGAUGGCUGACGACCUGCUUGCUGCUGCUGACAAGUACGCCUUGGAGCGCUUAAAGGUGAUGUGCGAGGACGCUCUGUGUACGAGUCUGUCUGUGGAGAACGCUGCUGAGAUCCUGAUUCUGGCCGACCUGCACAGUGCCGAUCAACUCAAAACCCAAGCCGUCGACUUCAUUAACUACCAUGCAUCAGAUGUGAUGGAGACAUCCGGCUGGAAGUCCAUGGUGGCGUCUCACCCUCACCUGGUUGCAGAGGCUUACCGUUCCCUGGCGUCGGCACAGUGCCCCUUUUUGGGCCCACCCCGAAAGCGCCUCAAACAGUCAUAGUAACCUUGGAUUAUACUCACCCAGCCCCCUUGCCAGGACUGCCCACACGGAGGCGCCAUUCUUAAAUGUACCCCAUAACUUCUAAAUAUACUCCCUGUAGGGACUCUAGCGAACCCUUGAUCCCAAGGUACUGUGUUCUGUAGCGUCCCUCCUUGUCCUCUACAACGUCCUCAGCCCAAAAACCCAGGCGCGCCAGGGAACCUCAAGCAGAACGGCCAUCAAUAGAGGCAGUGCUGUACCCGAGGGUUCCUCCCAGCUCUGCUCCCUCCUCGACGCCCCUCCCCAAUUGCCCAGCCUAACCAGGAUAAGCGAGUUUCAGUGGGAUCCUGGAGUCAGUGAUGUCUACAGUUUGGAUGAACGGUUGGGCACGAUGGACGGUGACUACAAAUACUGGACACAAUGAUUCUGUCGGUGGACUUUAACCUUCUGUCUGUGGACUGUGACCCCACUGUCCCCUGCGAUGGAUUCUCCUUUACUGUGUGCAUCAUUUGUUCCCUUUCUCAGUGACAGAUGGAUAUUAGGAUGAGAAAAACAAACCCAGCUAUUGUUGGGGAACUGCAGCGCUUUUAAAUAGGUAGCUUGUCUCCUUCGUCCCGAUAUUUGAGUAGGUCACGUGUCUCUUUUUGAUGGAAUUUUCUCCUCAAUCUAUCGCAAGUGGUAAGAUCCUGAAGAAAGUGACUUUAACCAAAGCUUUCUUGCUGCCAUUCUCAGACCUGACUUUAGAUUGGCCAGUUAGAGAAUAUGAGGCACAGGUGGACUUCCUGUACAUCUCCUGUGUAUUGGAGAGUGCGUGAUUGCACAGAUCGAUGGAAGAGGGCUGAAAGAAGGGGAGUCUGUAAAUACAAGGUUCUGUUUCUUUUGAUGUUUUAUUUGAGAUUUUCUCCUCCUUGUAGCACUUCUGUAUUUAAACCCAGGCUUUCUGUAUGAAAACAAAAACUACAAAAAAAAACCAGAUAAUAAAUUUGGCUGUGCUCA